UUGCCCUUCCCCUCUGGGGCGUUCCCGGCUGGGAGGGGAGAAGUCCGGGAAAAGGGCCGCAAAAGCGAAGCGAAGCGCCUCCCCGCCCCCCGAUCCCGCUCGCCUCUCCGCCUGGGGAGCUGGCAAUGCGCCCUGGGCGCACCUGGCCUCUUUGGCAAUGCGCCCUGGGCGCAUGGCGCGCAGGGCUCCCCUGGCCGUUGUGCGCCUGCCGGGGGAAGGAGUUUCGAGAGCGGGCCGGCGGCCAAGAAGAGGAGGAGCUGUAGGCGGAACUCCCCCGGGGAGGGGAGGCCGGUAAGAGGCGUCUGUGAAAGUCCCUAGUAUUCAGCUGAGCCGACGGGGAAGUCCCGGCUUCCUCUACCGCCGAGGGUGGGCGAAGCAGCGGGUGUCACCGCCGCUCCUCGGGAUUCACUCGUGGGCGCCCGCGGGGCACUGAGGGCACUGCCAUCGCCACCCAGACCGUCGAGUUUGGGCGGCGGGGGAGCACUUCCAGCCAGGAAAAAGAAAAACAAGAGAAGAGAAUUGGCAAGGGACGGAGCGCGGAGACCGGGCGCGGCUUGGCUGGUGACUCCUUUCCCCGGAAUCCAGAAAGCGGACGAGGAGGGUGCGGGUGGGGUUGUGACCUUCCUGCACCCCCCCCCCUCGGCUCUCUCCCUGCUGCUCUCGGAAAGGACUGCCUGCCGGCUUCCUGAGCAUGACACCUCACCCACUGCCCACACCCUGUGAGCAAAGCGCUCAGGUGUGAUCACAUGGCGCGUCGGUGGAGGUAGCCGGGCCAUCCAUUCUUCCGAGCCUAUGGAAAGGGAUUUGCAGCGUCCGUCGGAGGGCGCUUGGAAAGCGGCCGCCGUCGGAAACUGAGAGCCUCCCCCAAGCUGCCUUGGGUGAGCGGGUUCCCUGGGGGCUUUUGGUUUGCGAACAUGAGCAGGUGAUGGUGACUUUCCGACUGCCCGCUCAGCAGCACCCGGGAAAGCUGACCAGGUGGACGCCUCCCGCUCCACCAGCCCUUGACCCAGCUCUGGAGCCGAAAGCGAACCCUGCCCGGGAGUCCCUGCCCGGCGACGGCAAGGAGGAUUUGGCAAACAUGGCCGGGGAGCUACCUGUGGACUUGAGCACCUGGCGGAAAGGGGGCAGCCAAGGCAGAAGCGUCGCCCCCGACGGAGAGGUUUCUUUGGACGCCUCCGGGAGGCGGUUGCCUACUUCCCGGGAGCCCGAGGAAGCCCCGAGUGCCGUCUGCCAGCCCGGCCCCAUCCUUCCAGGAAUGCGGAGCACGGCUUCUCCCCAGGCGGGGCUGGAAGGGGAGAAGAAGGCCAAGACGUGCUUGCCCUUGCGGAAACGCCCGUAUGUCGUGCCGGGGGCAGAUGGGGACGCCCAGGGGCCUCUGGCUGGCAAAGUCCCCAAGACGGAGAGCAGCGAGCUGUGGGGCUCCCCCUUCAAUGGUUACCACUCUCCGUAUAUCUCCGUCAGCUACCCAAGAUUCCCAGCUGCGUAUUACUCAGGUUUGGCCGGCCCCUUCCUCAGCCCCGAGAUGUCGCCGCUUUUGCAUCCCGUGACCCCCAACCCAGUGAUGAGGGUCCCCACCCCUUACUCUUUCCUCUGCCCCAUGGAGGCCCAGUUGGCCCUAGACGUUGCCACAGCGACCAAGCAAGACGAGGACGGAGACACGCCUCUACACAUCGCUGUGGUUCAGGGGAAUCUUCUGGCCGCUCGGCGCCUGAUUGCUCUUUUCCACCAGGGGAGGCAAAGCCUGGACACCUUCAACAACCUGCGGCAGACUCCCUUACACUUGGCCGUCAUCACAGCCCAGCCAACUCUGGUGAAGCUGCUGUUGUCUCACGGAGCGUCGCCCAUGGUGCUGGACCGCAACGGGCAGACCGCCCUCCACCUUGCCUGUGAACACGACAGUGUCCAUUGCCUGCAGGAGCUGCUGGAUGGGAGCCCUGCGCCUCUGGAUCUGGAGGCGCGAAACUUUGAGGGUUUUUCACCUCUCCAUGUGGCUGUUGGAACCCAGAAUCGUGACAUUAUUCUGACUCUGCUAGAACAUGGGGCAGAUGUUGAUGCUGUGGAUAUUAAGAGCGGGCGGUCUCCGCUACUGCAUGCCGUGGAGAACGAUAAUCUGGAGAUGGUUGAGCUGCUGCUCCAGCACGGAGCCAAUGUCAAUGCUCAGUCGUACGGGGGCAACACAGCGCUCCAUGCGGCCUGCGGGCGGGGGCUUCUGGAAACCCUGCGUCUCCUGGUGCGCAACGGGGCGGACGGCAGCUUGAAGAACUACCACAACGACACCCCCUUGAUGGUGGCCAAGAAUAAAAGGGUGAUUGACAUCCUGAGAGGAAAAACUUCCCGCCCUGGGCCACCGCCUGAAAACAUCCGCGAGGGAUCGUCCCCAGCAACCAGCAAUGCCAGCUCUCCUGGUAUCCGACCCGUCCACACUGGCUUGCUGAGGGCUUCGCCCGACUCCUGCCCCACCACCCCUAGCCCUGCCCAGACCCCGAAACCCCACAGAGCCGUGCAGUCCCCCAACUCGGCCAAUCAGAAGCCCGAGAGCACCGCAUCGACCAAUGGGCCUUUGACACAUGGCACCUUGCCUGGGGUGAAACUGGAAAGGAGCCCGACUCCGCCCACACCGGAGCAGCCAGUGGGAUUUCCAGGGAUGCCCAAGUUCUUCCUGCCAGUGGCUGAGAGCCUGGUGGAUCCCGCCUUCCACGCCACCCUCUACCCUUUCGCGUCGUCCAGCCACAACUAUUCGCCGCACCACCUCUGCCUCCUUCCCGCCGGCAUGCAGCAUUCCGUCAUAUCCCUGCCCGCCGCGCCCCAAGCCAGUCGGAUUCACCCGCGGGGCGCGGAGGUGGACCAAUCACAGACGCUGCUGGACUCUGAGACCCCGCCAGCCGCCGACCUCAAAGGCCAGUGGCCAAAGAGCAGAGACAGUGGUCCUGGCGGCAGCUGACAGGAGGAGAUCGAGGGAUCCUGUACACAGGGGGAUUCCCACUCAAUGCUCUGCGUCACCAGGCAACAAAGGGCCAACUCGUCCUAGACUUUUGCUGCUAUGGGUUCCUGGCGCGAAAAUGGGACUUGUAUGCGGCUUCGGGACCCAGAGGGCCGCAGCUCUGACCGAUGAGACUCCUGAUCACAGGGUUGUGGGUUCGAGUCUCACCUUGGGCCAAAGAUUCCUGUGUUGCAAGUGGGGUGGACAAGGCAACCCUUGUGGUCCCUUCCAACUCUACAGUUCUAUGACAAAGCUGAGAUGAUCCUAUGGGCUGUGGUGGGCCAGUCAGCUUGACCCCUAACUACAGUCCCAACAGCCUUCCAUUUUCAGUUCUUGCCGCUUCUUUGGCUACUACCUAACAGGGCUAUUUUUGCACGUUUGGAAGGAGGUGGAAACUGCACACCCCAUUAAAAGGUAGCGCUGUAGUCCAAAUUUGACAGUGCUUUCAAUGCAAAACAGUAAGAGCUGGGAGGCACAAGAUACAGUGGUACCUCUGGAUAAGAACGGGAUCCGUUCCGGAGUCCCGUUCGCAUCCUGAAGAGAACGCAACCUGUGCAUGCGCG